AUGAAGACGGUAGAUGCGACUGCCUGCGCUGUCGUCGUCAUGGCGGGCGUGGAGUCUAUAAGACCAGGGGUGCAUUUCCACAUCCUCAUCUCUUUGCUGCGUGCGACCGCCUGCUCAGCCUCAGUCCACCCGCCACACCGCUUUGUCGGCCAAUCGCGUCGUGGACAUGCCACUGCAAUCGCGGCGCCUCCGUCCGUCUCCACGAUUCACCUUGGCGCGACUCAGCCCCAUGCCGACCGCUCUCUCCAGGGCAUGUGCGGCGCAGUCAUGGCAACAUUCAGCGGGUUGAUCUGGCUGAGGCUCUCGCAAGGCAAGAUUCGCAGUUUCUUGCUGCUCUCCUGCGCAUUCAUGCCAGGUAUCAAAGCAGCAUCAGAAUCGAGCAUUGGCCCAAGAGGAACAUAG